UCUCUUCAAACAAGCGAAGCUCCGCCCACCCGGGCCACCCCGGCGUCAACAUCGAGCCAACCCCCCCGAUCCAGUUCCUCCAGCGUGACGCAGCGAGCCAGUCAGACGGCCAGCCCCGCUCCAGCUCAACCCAACCCCGGGGGCCCAGCUCGGCUCUGCUCGGAGAACCCGUCCGGAGCAACAUGCAGGAUGGCGAGCGCGGAGACAGCCGCCGAACAUGAGCGCAUCCUGCGGGAGAUAGAGAGCACGGAGACGAACUGCAUCGGGCCGACACUCCGGUCGGUGUACGAUGGUCAGGAACAUGGCCUCUUCAUGGAGAACCUGGACGUGCGGAUCAGGAACCACGACCGCGAGAUCGAGAAGAUGUGCAACCAUCACUUCCAGGGGUUCGUCGACUCCAUCACGGAGCUGCUCAAAGUACGAGGGGAGGCGCAGAAGCUCAAGAGUCAGGUUACUGAGACCAACAAGCGUCUUCAGGAUGACGGCAAAGAGCUCAUGAGCUCUAUGGAGGAGCUGCAAAAGUGUCGAGUGCAGCAGAGAAACAUCGCUUCCACCAUAGACAAGCUGUCGCACUGCUUACCAGUCCUGGAGAUGUACAGCAGACUUCAGGAGCAGAUGAGGGCCAAAAGGUACUACCCGGCACUGCGGACGCUGGAGCAGCUGGAGCACACGUGUCUUCCCCGGGCGGGUCAGUACCGGUUCUGCUCCAUCAUGGCGGAAAACAUCCCCAAACUGAGGUUACAGAUCCGGGACACGGCGAUGACGCAGCUGAGGGACUUCCUGGAGAGCAUCCGGAAACACUCCGACAAGAUAGGAGAGACCGCCAUCAGACAGGCCCAGCUGCAGCGCUCGUUGGACAGCUCCGUCUCCACACAGCCGAGGGGCCUGAUUGGCCGACGGAGCAGAAAAGAGGCGGCGGCGGCGGGGACGGGGACGGACAGCGGCGGGCAGGGAGGCAGUCCGGUGUCGGAACAGGACUCUGGCAUUCUGGAUGUGGAGGAUGAAGAGGAAGAUGAUGAAGUCCCAGGAGCUCAGGACUUGGUGGAUUUCUCCCCAGUUUACCGCUGUCUGCACAUCUACACUGUGCUGGGUUUGCGUGAUGUGUUUGAGAACUACUACAGAAAGCAGAGGAGGAAACAGGCUCGCCUUGUGCUGCAGCCUCACUCUAACAUGCAUGAAACUCUGGAGGGAUACAGGCGGUACUUCAAUCAGAUUGUUGGCUUCUUCGUCGUGGAGGAUCACGUCCUUCACACCACACAGGGUUUGGUCAACAGAGCGUACGUGGAGGAGCUUUGGGAGCUGGCGCUGUCCAAACUCAUCGCCGCCCUGAGGACGCACUCCUCGUACUGUGACAACCCUGACCUGGUGCUGGAUCUGAAGAACCUCAUUGUGCUUUUUGCUGACACACUGCAGGGUUACGGCUUCCCAGUGUCGCAGCUCUUUGACAUGCUGCUGGAGAUGAGGGAGCAGUACGGAGAAAUCCUGCUCAAGAGAUGGAACAUCACCUUCAGGCAGGUGUUGGACCAGGACAACUUCAGUCCUAUCCCGGUCUCAACAGAAGAGGAGUACAAACACUACACUUCCCAGUUUCCCAUGCAAGACCCCGAACUGGACAAGCUUCCCUUCCCCAAGAAGCUUCCCUUCUCCGAGUUUGUGCCAAAAGUCUACUGCCAGCUCAAAGAGUUCAUCUACGCUUGUCUGAAAUACUCUGAAGACCUGCAUCUCAGUUCCACGGAGGUAGACGAUAUGAUCCGCAAGUCGACAAAUCUGCUGUUGACCAGAACCCUCAGCCACUGUCUGCAGUACGCCAUUAAGAAGAAGAAUGUCGGGCUGGCAGAGUUGGUGCAGGUGAUCAUAAACACCACCCACCUGGAGCAGAGCUGCCACUUCCUGGAGGAGUUCAUAUCAAACAUCACAAAUGUCCCGCCCGACUCCUCAAACGCUACCAAGCUGUACGGGACCUCCACCUUUAAGGACGCUCGCCAUGCGGCCGAGGCGGAGAUCUACACCAACCUGAACGCCAAGAUCGACCAGUUCCUGCAGCUGGCCGAUUACGAUUGGAUGGCCCCCGUGCAGGGAGGCGGGACUCUGGACGCCAGCGACUACCUGAUCGACCUGAUCGCCUUCCUGAAGAGCACCUUCAGUGUCUUCACCAACCUGCCUGGUAAAGUGGCCCAGACGGCCUGCAUGUCGGCCUGUAAACACAUCUCCACCUCGCUGACCCAGCUGCUGCUCGACCCGGAGGUCAGACAGAUCUCCAUGGGGGCUCUGCACCAGCUCAACGCCGACGUCAAGGAGUGCGAGGGUUUUGCCAGAGCCGGCCCGGUCGCAGGCUUCCAGGGUGACACGUUGCUUCUGGCCUUCAGUGACUUGAGACAAUUACUGGAACUGUUCACCCAGUGGGAUUGGUCGACCUACCUGGCUGAUUACGGCAAACCCGCCUGCAAAUACCUGAGAGUCAACCCACAGACUGCACUCACCCUGCUGGAGAAGAUGAGGGAGUCGAGCCGGAAGAACAACGUCUUCGCUCAGUUCAGGAAGACGGACAGGGACAGACAGAAACUCAUCGACGCCAUCAUCAAGCAGUUGCGCAACCUCAUCGCACAGCACCACACCUAGAGCGAGCCCCCUGAUUGGCCAGCAGGCCCUUUAAGCCCACCAUCCCAUUCAGCUGAAUUCAACCAUCCAUCCAUCCUGAUGAAAAGCAGACGUCAUCGAUCUGUUUGACGCUGCAACCCCAUUCGCUGAUCAAUGCACCUUAACUUUGCUGGACUCCACUGAACCUCCGACGACCACAGCCAGUUCCUUUCACCCGCAACAAGAUCAUUGGAUAACAAGGUCUUACUGUUUAAUUUCAUUGGUUAAUUAAAGCCACUCUUUACAGGAUAACAUAUAUUACUGCUGAGGCUACAAGUCAUUUAACAGGUUGGGUUUCACUUUAACUUAACUUCAUCUAUCUGACUGAAACAUUACAGAUUAUAAUCCCUCAAUUAAGCAAUCUUUGUUAAUUUGUUAAUUAUAUAAAUACGUGAAUAUUACGAAUUAUCUUGUUUUUGAGUUUGUUGACAAAAAAUAUCACCAACCUCUUCUUAGAAUUUCUUCUAAAAGCCGAAGAUUUAUGAUCUGUGGAGAACAAGAAAAAAGAACAGAAAUAGAGUAUUAACAUUUAAUUAUGUGUCAAGGAACAAAACUAGCAAGAACAGUGAUGAACCUUAGUUAAGCCCCUAUUGAAACUUUUGCUCGACUUAUUAUGUCAGUUACUGGUUGCUAUUGAGAUAUCUGUAGAUGUACAGGGUGGGACAUUUUAAUUUGGCUGUGAGGAAUUGAGUUUGAGAAUCUGUGACUGCUUUCGUAAGAGCUCACAUUUCAGAGAAUGUAUUCUUUGAACUUCCUGUUUAAGCAGUCUGUCCUCAUCCUCUUUAUAUAUUUUUUUUCACAGAGUUGCAGACGACCUUUAAUGUCUUCCACAUUGCUCUCCCUUACUGUGGCACAAUGACAGAACGUAUUGAAUGUACAUCAGAGCGGGCGUUUAAAUAUCGCAGCCAGAAAAGCACUGAAAUCAAGAUCAAGUAUGGAAAAAAAACAAUUAACAUUAGUGUCGAAUUAACAGAAUGUUCUUCCAUUAAUGUCUGAAAAGGGGGGAUAUUCUCACAACAUGGCAACCCCGUUCCCUCUUAAUAUACAACCUGCAUACACUUGAAUGGGCGACUCUGCUCAGAUCUGGCAACAGUCAUCCAUCUUCUUAUCGCCUGAACGCUCAUUGAGUCCUUGGGAUUCUAAAAAAGGGGGGAUGUUGUCCGAACAUGGCAACCCAUUGCUCCGCUUUAAGUAAAACUUGAUCGAGGGGUUGUUGCCUGAGCAUUUUUCUACUCUACAUGUAUAAAUAAAUGGGUCUUAAAGAGUGGGAUAAUGCCCCAAACUGGCAACCGCUAUAAAGGGUAUAGUUUUGUUCGCCUGGUUGACUAGAAAAAAAACUAAUUUGUGUAGAAACGUUGUACUAAUGCCAAGCAAACACGCUUUUACGUCUUCCAUACCAACAUAUGCCAAGCAGUGUGUGUGUGUGUGUGUGUGUGUGUGUGUGUGUAGUAUGGCUACUAGUACACACACAAACAUUUGUUUAGUUAAAGCACAGCACAUACUUACAUUUACACUAUUUUUUUUUUUUUUUGUUGCUAAUAUUGGUCUCUUCGCUUUUUAUGUUAGGUUUUUUUUUUCUUGAAUUUGGGUGCAAUAAUAGCAUAGGAAACUACAGCAUUUUGUGUGUGUGUGUGUGUGUUAAUCACGGCGGUUUAUAAAAGGGAUUCAAACCUACAGUGUGUGUCAGAAGGGAAUGUAAGUCUUCCGCUUCCGUCCGAUCAGCAGCCAUGUUUGUUUCUACUGAGCGAUGAUCGUGUCCCGAGCGUCUUUGUGAGUUUGUUCACUCGUGCAUGCCGGCACUGUGAAAUUAAGUGUUUUUUAUAUUCAGGUGUGUGUGUUUUUUUUUUGUUUUUUUUCAUCCAUCCUUAGCUGUGUAUCAUUUUUUUUUUAGGUGUUAUAAGGGAACGGGGCCGUCGUUAUUGAAUGUGCCUUUGCUGUAUUUUGCAUUUGUUUUCCUGCCGAUGAAGCAGCAACACUGUGGUGUUUGGAGUCCGGACACAGUUCACUGAGCCGUUGGAGGUCUGACAAACUAAAGUUAACUCAAAAGUCCACUUGCUUGCUUUUUUCCCCCCCCAGAGCUUUCAACAGCAUCAGCAUCUAUUUGUUACUUUACAUUUUCUGUGACCCAAAUUAUAAUGAUAUACGCUGUUAUUUACUUUUAUCCAAGUAAUAGUUUGUAGUUACAAUUAUCUUCAGAGUCUGGAUGAUGACUUCUUAUGAUCAGCAGCUCUGUCAUAAUGAACAAUCUGAACAAUGAACAAAAGUUUUCUUGUGAAAUUGAGGUCUUUUAUUAGAUUUAAACUAAACAAACUAACCAAUGAAAUGAGCAUUAAACAUAUGCAGCAAUUUCUAAAUAAACAAAAUAUAAUAUGUUUUGAAAAGAAGUUAAUUCACAAUUUCAGAAUUAAGCACUUUUUUACUUUAGAAACUUGCAGAAGAAAAUGGCACUUGACCAAAUUCCUCAUAUGAAUAUAUAAUCCAUUUCAGUUUGUAGAAGUAACACAUUUUCUGAUUGGAUUAAUUCAUACGUCCUCAUGUUAGUUGAGUUUCAGUUGCAAAUUAGAUCCACGACCCCAACGCUGUCUGUUAACAGAGUCCUCACACUGCUGGUGUUGCUGCUACUUUAUUUUGUAUUUUGUAAGCAGAAAUCUUUACUGAGACAGAAGCACUGUACAUGCUGUUGUAUUAAACCACUAAUGAAUGAAACUAAAGUAAAAUACUAAUUAAGUUGGGAAAAACAUUAAAAUAUGGAAUAAAUG